AUGAUAUUUGUCCCAAAAGAUUUGAUCGUUGAACACAUUGUGGUUGAUGGAUUUUUAACUAGUUAUACUACUUGGAUUUAUCAUGGUGAGAUAUCAUCUUCAUCAGUAUCUGUUGAUAAGUUAGAUAGAGGUGAUGAAAUGCAAGACAUGUUACAUGAAGCAUUUGGGAUUCCUCCUACAUCUGGUUUUGUUGAUAUAGACACUGAUGGUGAUGGAUUUGGUGGAUCAAAUCUCCACAAUAAAGGGUUUGGUAAAAAGACUGAAGAAUUUUUUAAUUUAUUGAAAGAAGCUGAACGUGAGUUAUACCCUGGAAGCAAGUAUUCGCUACUUUCAUUCCUUGUUCAUCUAUUACAUUUAAAGUGUCUCAAUGGGUGGAGUAACAAUUCAUUUUCCAUGCUACUAGAGUUGUUAAAAGAUGUGCUUCCUGAAGGUGAAACACUACCCAAGUCCUUUAAUGAUGCAAAGAAAAUUAUUAAAGAUUUAGGACUUGAAUACAAAAAGAUACAUGCAUGUCCAAAUGAUUGUAUGAUUUAUUGGAAUGAGACGAAAGAUAGAACGGAUUGUAAGUUUUACGAAGCACCAAGAUACAAACAUUUCAAAGGUGAAUCGGUUAAUAGCGGUUUAGAAACCUCUAAAAUUCCAGCAAAGGUGUUUAGAUAUUUUCCAUUGAUACCGCGGCUUCAAAGACUAUUUAUGUCGGCUAAAACAUCUACUGAAAUGAGAUGGCAUGCCGAAGGUCACACUAGAGAUGGGGUAAUGCGACAUCUUGCUGACAGUAUUGCUUGGAGGAAAUUUGAUGAAGUGCAUGUAGAUUUUGCUCAAGAUCCUCGAAAUGUUAAACUUGGAUUGGCUUCAGAUGGCUUUAGUCCAUUCAAGUCUAUGUCUAUCUCACAUAGCACAUGGCCAGUUGUCUUGGUUCCAUAUAACUUGCCACCAUGGUUGUGCAUAAAACAACCAUAUAUGAUAUUAUCAAUGAUUAUUGAUGGCCCUCUUGCACCAGGCAAUGAUAUUGAAGUCUAUCUACGGCCCUUAAUUGAUGAGUUAAAAGAAUUGUGGGUUGGUGUUGACACUUAUGAUGCAUCAAACGAUCAGAUGUUUCAAAUGCGUGCAGCAUUGCUUUGGACAAUCAGUGAUUUUCCAGCACUAGGACAAUAUGAUCCGUCAUAA